AAUAAAAUAAUGCAUAUAACGUGGUGGCGGCGUGGAACAGCAGUGCCUGGCCAGCCGCUGGAGGGUGAGGACGUUACUGCGCGCCGCUCAAGACAACGCUCAAGACGCCGCUCAAGACGCCGCUCAAGACGCCGCGCUCUCACGCUCCUGCUCAAAAUGAAUUUCCGGUUGAGUGAGAAGCUUAAACAGUGUCCCUACAACCCAUUUCACCAGAUCCAGCCCCAUCGAAUGGCUCAACAUAUUGUCAAGUGUAAAAAGAAUUAUCCUAAUGUGGAUAUGAAGGUGUGUCCAUUCAAUGCAACGCACAUAGUGCCAACCACAAGAUUCCAGGCACACAUCUUGGAAUGUGAUGACAGGCACCAUGUUGAGCGUGAAAUGUUCAGAAUAUUAUUUUUAGGAGCUGAAGCACAUAGACUGUUAAUUGCAAAACAGCGGGAGGAUAAGUCAAGAUGCGAAGUUUUGGUGCCUCAGUGUUCCUCAACAAAUGAGACUUGGGAGAGUGACAUGACAGAAUCAUACAGUCCUUCAGAAUCUUUACUAUACAAGGAGAUUCCCAGACAUCCACCCUCUGGUAUGAGUAAAACGGAACGGCGUAAAUUUAGAGAACGAGACCUUGAAAGGGUACAGCGAUUAAAGAGUGGACUGCCCAUUGAUGACAUUUUAAUUGAUGAAAGACCAGAGAAUUUCAAUAAAGAUGACGCAACAAAGGGGGCAGUUGGGGGACUCUUUGAGAGCAGCACACCUGGUGUCCGCUGCAGUUCUGUAGCAGAUAUGGGCCAGGCAGUUGAAAACUGUGCAAAACUGAUGCAUGCUGAUGGGCUACUACGUCGUCCCAAGAUUGCUGAAUCCCGUUGUAGAAUUGCUGCCAACAUUUUUGAAAACAAACAAUGUUCCCAAUAAAUUUUUAAUGAAAAGUGCUUCCAGUUUUAAGCAGAGUCCUGGGACAGCCGAGAAGUACAAAGAGUGCAAUGUGUUGCUUCUCCUGCACAUUUAACUGGUUUUGUGGACUUUUCUCCUUCCUACUGUGGCUAAUACUGUAGUGUGUUGCAUAUUUUUGUUUGUUUGAUUGCAUUAAGGGAUCCCUUUUUAUGUUUAUUCAUACCAACACAAACAUGUGCAUCAGUAUGCAUGCACAUAAAGUAUGGAUACAGACACAUGCAAGCACACAUAGUCACACAUGCAGGGGGAGCAACACAAAAACCAUCAUAUGAAGUAUGGCAAGAGUAUAUGCCAUAUGAUGUAUGGCAGAGUGAGAGACCUUGAGUAUAGUUCUCAUCCUGUAACGACACUUUGGGCAAUAACAGCAUAAUGUUGGCUUCAUUCUGAGCAGCAAACAUCUUUUUUCGUCGUAAAAAAUAUUUUGAUUUUUAGUGCCGAGUGUAUGACCGUCGCGCACUUAGGCCCACAAAUAAUUACUACUGAUUAAUACAUUUAUACAUGUGGUUAUUUACAUUAUACAGUGGUACCUCCAUUUACGAAUUUAAUCCGUUCCUAGAGACGGGUCGUAACUAGUUAAUUCAUAACUCGAAACUAAUUUUCCCAUAAGAAAUAAUGUAAAUUGAAUUAAUCCAUUCCACACACCCUAAAAUAUUAACUUAAAAAUACAUUUUAUGCAGAAUACCAAACAUAUUUUUCAUACACAAAACAAUAAAGUAUAAAUAUAAACCAUAAAUAAAAUUAGUGAACAUUUAACUGCACUUUACCUUUACUGAGGAUGCUUGUUGACGCAUGGGAGCCAGUGAGGAGGGAGGAGGUAGGGUGGGGGAGUAGUGUUGAUGUAUGGGAAGAGGUGAGGAGGUAGUGGUGAUGAGACCAUCCCCUGCUCGCCUUAAAUGCUGUCAUAUCUGUCUCACUGGUUCUAGAUUUUCCUUUCACAUAUUUCACUGCCUCUGUUAUGUUGCAGCCAGUCAGAACAUGACAGUCAAACAUUCAGUCAAGACCAAUCACAGGCAGUCAAGCAUUCACUGUUGUGAUAGCAACCAGUUAAGCAUUUAUGGUCAGUCAGGCAUUCACAGUCGCAACCAGUCAGUUGGCAAACAAUGUUUAAUGUCAGGUACUCAGGGAGUCUGCAUCCUGAUCUAUCAGCUGGUAGCAAGAAAGCCCACCAUAUUAAUACCGUCCAUAUGAUUGGGAGGGAUACACGGGUGAAGAAUGAAGGGUAUGGAUGUAGUGGGGAGGGACAGGGGUGACCAGCUCCUGUGUUAUCCGGAAGCUGGUCUACUCACUGGCCACUGGAGGUGGCCACUCAUGCCACCACCCACUGCUACCCACCCACCCACACUGACCACACAUCCUGCUACCCACCCACCCACACUGACCACACAUCCUGCUACCCACCCACCCACCCACACUGACCACACAUCCUGCUAC